AUUCAUAAGCAGCGACCCAUAUCAGGUUGCGUUUGAGUGUUCCAGAUUGGUAGUAUGCAUGUUUAUAUUCAGAAGUAGAGCCUAUUUCAGGAUGAAUAUUCAUGGCCUCUCGAGAAAUUUAUGCUCUGCUCCCUCAACUCUGUUGCCUGUUCAACUCCCAACUCGAAUGGAGAGUCAUUUGUGGUAUGUUGUUCCUGAGGAGGUGAAGAGUGAGACACUUUUGAAACGGUAUUUUGAGCUGCUCUCACCUUGUGAGAAGAAAAAUGUGUUGUGAAUGCGUGGAGAGGAGCUUCAAAAGAGAGCACUGCUGGCCCGAGCAUUGGUUCGGACCACCGUUGCUAGAUAUACAAAUGAUAGAGUUGACCCAAGAUCAUUGAACUUUAAAAAGAAUGGUUAUGGGAAGCCUGAGAUAUACUGGCAAAUUGAAGAUGAUUGGCAGCCACCAGCCUUGCAUUUCAACAUCUCACACACUUCUUCCUUGAUCGCUUGUGGAGUAGCUGUUGAUUCACCUAUUGGCAUCGAUGUAGAAGAAAAGAAGCGAAAGUUGAAGCAUCAUAUUCUAGCUUUUGCCCGGCGGUAUUUUUCAUCCCAUGAAGUGGAAUAUUUAACUUCUAUUUCAGACAUUGAAAUUCAGCGGCAUCAGUUCAUUAAACUGUGGACUCUCAAGGAGGCAUAUGUGAAAGCACUGGGCAGAGGCUUCUCUGCUUCACCUUUCAAGACGUUUACUGUUAGACUGAAGGCUGCAGCUAAGAGAGGCAUUCCUGAAUCUAGGAAAUUGGAUUCUAAGAUGGCCGAAAUAAAUGUUGAGUCUCUUGGCUCCGAAGACCAUACAAACAACUGGCAGUUGUUGCUUCUACAGUUGGCUGGUUCCCAUUAUGGUGCCAUUUGCAUGGAAAAACAUAACACUCUAGGAGAGGGAGAUGUUCCCAUAAAGUUGACAACGCGAAGAACGAUCCCACUUGUGGAAGAUGAGUGUGUUGGUACUGAUGCUGUUGUACCAAUAGGUGGAUUGACUUAUUGUAUUUAAGUGAUACUAUCAUUCAUUUGGAACACGAUAUGAAAUCAUUCAUUCC